UGUGGACCCUUUGUGUGCAGAUUAUCACCCAUUCUUCAGGCAGGGGGCGGGAGAGAGAUACUGUGGAACAGACCAACAGGAGAGUACUCUUGGAAAUCUGCUCUCACCCUCACCACCACCACUACCACCACCAACAUCAUCAUCAUCAUCGGCACUGCGUAAUCAGGCAGGUCCAGGGCUGAGGCGCACCGAGCCACACAGAGCUCUGCUUAUUGAUAAGACUCCUUGGAAGAAGAGGAAGGCAAACUACAGAGCUGACCAUAUAUUUCAGACUUCUGGAGACACCACGUUGAAAGAGACCAUUCAUUACUGGAAAAAAAGAGAACUUAAGUGGAUUUUCAAUUGAUUAUCGCAAAGAAAGAGGACAAAAUCGGCAUGAUUCAAAGUUUUCCUACUUUGUAAGCGUCCUGGAAAGUUUCAUCUUGUCAAGUAUGGACCCCUGAUGUUUGGAAAUGUCAUGAAUUCUUCUUUCGAUUGUAAUUAUUGCAAUAUUCUUGCACAUUACAGGAGAGAAUAGAGAGAAUUCUUGCUCGAGGAGAAAUACAAGACAACAUCACGUUGAAGAAACGUGAAUUAAAAAACUUUGGAUUUUGAUCAUUUUACUGGAGAUUUCAUUUCAACACAUGAAACUUUGUGGCCGCUGGUCUUCUCCCUCUUCUUUUCUUCUACUUUGUUUUUUUCGGAUAUCUCUUCUGCUGGAGAGAGACGACCGCGAGGGAGGGAGACGAGCCGUCCACGCGCGCGCAGUUUUAAAGGGCGAGCCGCUGUCCCCACGCGCGCAGUGCUGAGGAGUGAGGCACUCUCGCGCUUCCAUAAAUGCCCGGUCCGAGGCUCGAGGCUGGGCAGCAAGAUGAGCUCGUGGGUCCAGCUGCUGCUCGCGCUGCUGGUGGCGUGUCUGCGGUUUGGCGUCGCCGAGGGGGAGCCUCUGCCUGCAGCCCUGGUGGAGCUGGUUAGAAACAGUCCCAUCUCCUCCAUAGAGGACCUCCAGCUGCUGCUGCUCUCUGACUCCGUAGACGAGGAGGACGAGAUUUCUGCAACCAAUGGAGGUCAUAGACUUCCAAGGAGCCUUGACGCUCAGCCGGCUCAGCAGGCUCUCUGCAAAGUGCGCACUGAGGUGGUCGAGGUCACACGGGCGAUGUUGGACCGCAGCAACGCUAACUUCCUGUUAUGGCCGCCGUGCGUCGAGGUGCAGCGCUGCUCCGGCUGCUGCAACACCAAGAGCCUGCAAUGUGUCCCUGUAUUCACGCACACCCGAUACUUGCAGGUCAUGAAGGUAGAGUACAUCAACAAAAGACCCACCUAUGCCAAAGCAGUAGUGUCAGUGGUCGAUCAUGUGGAGUGCCAAUGCCAGCCUGCUCCACGUCCCCCUGUGCCAAAGAGAAAAUCAUCUCGCAGACAGCACAACCACCAGCACCGAAACCAGACACUCAGUCAAGGACAUGCACAGGUCAAGGUGCACUCCAAGGAUGAGCUCCAUCAAUGGGACGAGCUGAAGCAGAACCAGAGGGCCCACCUUGAGGAUCUCCUGGAGCAGAACUGGAGCCCCAGAGGAGACUCCUUCAGUCAUCCCAGACAUGGGUACAGUCUGGCUGAAGAGGAAACACAUCGCUCUGGAGAGGCUGUUCUUCUGGCUCCACACUGGGCCAAAAACUCAACCAGACUCGUUGGGACUAAAGACAAUCUGGAGAAUACGGAGAGGAGGGUUGGCCAUAUUGUAAACGGCACCACGACUGUUUCCUCAGUGGAUAACGUCGGCGCUGAAAUAAAGAACAAGUUGGUUGAUGACAUAGGCAGGUUGUUGCUUAACAAUACUGAAGGUAAGGAUACUGAGGGGAGAAGGGAUACACAAAGCCAGAGUCCAUUAAUGUCAAAGGGCCACACAAGUGGUCUCCCCAACGCUGUCACGCAAAGUCUUCAGUCCAAAUUCAGACCAACUGAGGCACCCGGCCUUGGGAGAAUCGGGACCCAAUUCCGACCGACCAAAGAGCCAAAUCCAGAGCCUCGAGAACUUGGUAAGAGAGGCAAUGAGACUCCUGAUGAGGCGAGGACAUUACUGAUUGAGGAGGAAAAACUGGAGCAGGAGAGAAAAGAGCUUCUACUUCUUCAUAAGAGGCUGGACAGAGAGAAGGAAAUACUGAGACAGCAGCAAAUGAAACGAGAGGAGGAGGAAAGGCAGAAAGAAAAGGAAUCAAACAUUCAUCAUCACCUGCAUGGUAAACAUCACCAUCAUCCGCAUACAGUAACAACACAGAAACCAGACACAACAUCUACGACGACCACGCGGCAACCUUCAGCGCCUGCCGGUCCCAUACCUCCAGCCCGUCCAAAGAAAAGGAUGAGGAAGAAUCGCAAACGGAUCAGCAAAGCAGCCAUGAGAGCAAUGUUGAUGUAAAUACGGGCCACAAAGUGAACUCGUUGAUCCAGAUGUGUAGUAGAGUGACUCCCUUCCUAUCAGUAUGUAUUCACUUGUUGGUAACCUGCCCGUCCUGUGAGAGAUCUCCUCCGUAACACUACUAAUGACUGUCUGGUGAACCUGUAACCACACCUCGGUGGAGUAAGACGAGGGUAAGAGGAAAAUGGAAUAUAAAUAAAAGGCGGACCUUGUAAAGAGAAAACCUGCCUCUACAACGACGUAGACAAAAGUGGAACCCGAGAGCUGACAAAUGAAACUGCAUCGCUGUAGAACUGUGGAACUGAAGUGCAAUUUAUUAACUCUUCUUGAAACCUGGUUUUCAAAUCAACAGAGAGAAACUGCACUUGAACACGGACAGAAACUAUUCUUAACGAGGUUUUAUGAACAAGUCUGUCGCCGAAAGACUUUCUGACUGGACUUCAAAGUGCUUUCGACGGAAGAAUGGACGCAAAAAGGAACAUAACUCUCGUGUCAUUGAAGAAUCUCAUAUUGUGUUUGGAUAAUCUUUGAGACAAUCAUCAACUGGCUGCAUCAACUGAAUUUCAAGUGAACUAACACACAGAGGGCUCAGUGUUAGGGAGAGAAAUUGCUGUAGAUUUUCUGCACUGAGGUCUGAUAUCAUUUACUAGCUCCCCAAACCAGCGGUAGUGUUUUUUUUUAAAACCAUAUUUAAUUAUAUUUAAGUCAUUGCGAACACUGGAAUCACUUACAUGAUUAGAGAACAAACAGAUUUGACAUCUUAUCAGAGAUGUGAAGAAAUAGGUGCUAUCUAAAAAACAAAGUGAUACACCUGUUACCUUACCUUCUAUGUUUCCUAUUUAUUCAUCUCUGCCCUUCUUGUGGAUUUUUUUUGUUUUUUCUUUUAACAAAUACUUCAAACAGUGGGCUUGAGAUGCAUAACACUCAAUCAUGAUGACCGGGUGGUUCAAACAGGAAACACAGAGUACAUUUUGAAAGAGGAACAAAACUUGUGUGACCUCCCAGGAUCAUACAGCAACCUUUGUGUCAAGAAAAACAUGUGUACGUGUGCUUGUUUUGUACACCCUAAGAGCUAGAGAAUACUGUACAGGCUCAUGACACACCAACAUUUCAGUCCUGCAUCUCAGUGUUCAAUAAGAGGAAUCUCUCUGGUUCUGUCUGUCCCUCCGUCUUCUCACAGGAACAAUCAAUGUGUCGAGAGGAUGAAACAUUUACCUACAACAUAUUUGUCCGAACUGCUCCACUGUUUGUUAUUUCAAUCUACAAAAUGUGUUUUUUUUUACAUGUACAGAAACACAAAAUGGACUAAAAUAAGUCAAUCAGUCACAAGGAAAUGUGAUCAAAAAGCCAAACCUUUCUCAUGUAGAUAUUGUUUUCAUGUCCUUUAUAUUGCCUAUAGUAACAACAUGUAGAUACACUGGUGUUGCUCUCUGUGUCCAAUAAUUCAUAAUCAGCCAAAACAUCUUAAGUUAUUGAAAAACCUGUUUGUUCUUUAUGCCAACUGACAACUGUUACUGAUUUUGUCUGUUUUUUUUUUUUUAAACUACAGGAUAUGAUAAAAAGAAACUGAAUGUUUGUGAUAACCUUGACACCUAAUGCUAUUUUCACAAAGAUAUAAGAAGCUAAUGGGCUUAAAACCUC